AUGUCUUCGCCGAGGUUUAAAAAGGAUAAAGAAAUAAUCGCGGACUACGAGAGUCAAGUGAAAGAAAUUCGGGCCCAGUUAGUGGAGCAACAGAAAUGCAUGGACCAGCAAACAGACAUGAGGGUACAGUUGCUGCAAGACCUUCAGGAUUUCUUCAGGAAGAAAGCAGAGAUUGAAAUGGAAUACUCCAGAAACCUUGAGAAACUGGCCGAACGCUUCAUGGCCAAGACUCGCUCCACGAAGGACCACCAGCAGUACAAAAAAGACCAGAAUCUGCUGUCGCCUGUCAACUGUUGGUACCUGCUGCUGAACCAGGUCAGGAGGGAGAGUAAGGACCACGCCACUCUGAGCGACAUCUACCUGAACAAUGUCAUCAUGAGGUUCAUGCAGAUUAGCGAGGACUCGACACGACUACUGAAGAAGAGCAAGGAAAUAGCAUUUCAGCUACAGGAAGACUUAAUGAAGGUCCUUAAUGAGCUAUACACAGUGAUGAAGACCUACCACAUGUAUCACUCAGAAAGCAUUAGUGCAGAGAGCAAACUGAAGGAGGCUGAGAAGCAGGAGGAGAAGCAAAUUGGCAGGGGAGAUCCAGUUUUCAGCAUCCGCAUGGAGGAUAAAUACCAGAAGCGCAACUCAGUGAAGAAGAUAGAGAAAAUGAAAGAAAAGCGUCAAGCCAAGUACUCUGAGAACAAAAUGAAGUCGAUCAAAGCACGGAAUGAGUACCUCCUGACAUUGGAAGCCACCAACUCAUCUGUUUUCAAAUACUACAUCCACGACCUGUCAGACCUAAUUGAUUGUUGUGAUUUGGGAUAUCAUGCCAGCCUGAAUCGAGCCUUGCGGACUUACCUGUCUGCUGAAUACAACCUUGAGACAUCUCGCCAUGAAGGUCUUGACAUCAUUGAGAAUGCAGUAGACAGUUUGGACCCGAGAAGUGACAGACAAAGGUUUAUGGAGCUGUUCCCUACGGCCUUCUGUCCACCUGCAAAAUUUGAGUUCCAGUCUCACAUGGGUGAUGAGGUGAGUCAGAUAACAGUGCAACCGCCAGUUAAUGGAGAGCUAAUACUAAGGUUCCAGCAACUGCAAUCUCGCCUGUCUACUCUGAAGAUUGAAAAUGAAGAGGUGAAAAAAACAUCAGAGGCCACACUCACCACUAUACAAGACAUGGUGACCAUUGAGGAUUAUGACGUCUCUGAGUGCUUUCACCAUAGCAGAUCCACUGAGUCUGUCCGGUCCACUGUGUCAGAAACAUACCUCAGCAAACCGAGCAUUGCAAAGAGGAGAGCAAACCAGCAGGAGACUGAGCAGUUUUACUUUAUGAAAUUCCGUGAGUUUCUGGAGGGCAGCAAUCUCAUCUCCAAACUGCAGGCCAAACAUGAUUUGCUGAAGAGGACGCUUGGUGAAGGCCACAGAGCUGACUACAUGACCACAAGACACCCCAAUGGGCUGUUCAAAACCCACACUGGCACCAGGCGGGCUAGACCCCGCUCUGUUUUUAAUGUUAAGUUAUUUAAUGGAAAUAUGGAGUCGUAUAUCAAGGAUUCUGGACAAGCUAUACCUCGCGUCGUUGAGAGCUGCAUUCGCUACAUAAAUUUGUAUGGCCUCCAGCAUCAAGGGAUAUUUCGAGUAUCUGGAUCCCAAUUGGAGGUCAAUGACAUUAAAAACUCAUUUGAAAGAGGAAACGAUCCACUGAUAGACGAUGAGAAUAAUCAUGACAUCAACUCUGUGGCGGGCGUGCUUAAACUCUACUUUCGAGGCCUGGAGAAUCCUCUUUUCCCUAAGGAGAGAUUCAAUGAACUGCUGUCCUGCAUCCGAAUAGAAAAUCUGUACGACAGAGCGUUGUACAUACGCAAGAUCCUCCUGACCAUUCCCAGAUCAGUCCUUGUUGUGAUGCGCUACCUUUUUGCCUUCCUGAACCACUUAUCUCAGUACAGCGACGAGAACAUGAUGGAUCCUUUCAACUUGGCGAUUUGCUUUGGCCCUACACUUAUGCCGACACCUGAGAGCCAGGACCAGGUCUCCUGCCAGGCCCAUGUCAAUGAGAUAAUCAAGACCAUCAUCAUUCACAAUGAGACAAUCUUUCCUGAUGCCAAAGAACUUGAUGGGCCAAUCUAUGAGAAGUGCAUGGCAGGAGGAGACUAUUGUGAAAGUCCCUACAGUGAGCAUGGAGUACUGGAGGAGGUUGACAAUGAGGGAGGCACAGAGACGCACACCAGUGAGGAUGAGGGUGAGCCUAUUGAAGCCAUUGCCAAGUUUGAUUACGUGGGGCGCUCUUCCAGAGAGUUGUCUUUCAAGAAGGGUGCCUCGCUGCUGCUCUACCAGCGGGCAUCGGAGGACUGGUGGGAAGGGCGCCACAACGGCAUUGACGGCCUUGUGCCACAUCAGUACAUUGUUGUCCAAGACAUAGAUGACAACUUCUCGGACACGCUGAGCCAGAAGGCUGACAGCGAGGCCAGCAGCGGUCAUGCCGGGGAGGAUAAAUGUUCAGGAAAAGACAUCAGUUUACCCAAUGACAACAGGAUUUCUGAGGCCUUCAUCACCAGCAGGCAGAGAAAACGAUCGGACCCUCCAACCCGCCGCCCCCCUGCGCGCCCCAGCGACAUCCACUGCAUGGUGCACCCCUCUCAGCAGGUCCAUCCCACACGUGGGGGCACCCCCGAAGCUGGCUCCCCAGUUCUCGGCCACUUCAACCCACGCGACAUGCUCCGGAGCCGCAACCAUUUGCCCACCGAUAGCCCCGAACACCGGCGCCGCACCGGCCACGGUAGUCUUACCAACAUCAGUCGGCAUGAAUCCCUGAAGAAGACUGAAAGUCCCCCCAUCCGCCGCUCCACCUCUUCGGGCCAGUACACGGGAUUUGUUGAAACCCACCACCAUCACCAUCAUCGCCACCUUCACGGCGGCAAAACCCUGGACCCGGAGACCAUCGCACAGGACAUCGAAGAAACCAUGAACACUGCUCUGAACGAGCUUCGGGAACUGGAGCGCCAGAGUUCGGCUAAGCAUGCUCCUGACGUGGUUCUGGACACGUUGGAACAGAGGCAAGCCCCAGGCAGCGGUGGGGGUCCCACGCCGGCCACCUCCAGUGAGUCUCUCGGUCCCCCCAUCCAUGGCGUCAAGUUAAGGUCCGCCGCAAGCACGGAGCCUCCAUUCCGUCGCAGCGCCGGCGACUGUGUGAGCACCUUCAAACCCGCAGUGGCCCCCCGCAUGGGCGUACAACUCAAGCCGCCCGCUUUGAGACCCAAACCAAUGGUCCUGCCCAAAACCAAUCAGGUUUCACAGCUGCCUGCGACAUCGCCUCAGGACCCUUUGGACAAAUCCUGCACCAUGUAA